AGACAGAACGUAGGGGGUCGCUGUGGAGUCAGUCAGCACCACUGGCCGUCUCUUUCCAAUCCCUGUCUCUUCGGAACAGCCAUAUGAAUGAAAUGUCAAACAACAGCGCCAGCAGCAGUAACCUGCUUCUUGCCCAGAAAGCUGUGAAACAGCUACGGCUUGAAGCAAGCGUCCACAGAAUCAAGGUUUCACAAGCUGCGGCUGAUCUGAAGACAUUCUGCUUGCAAAAUGCCCAUAAGGACCCAUUGCUUGUCGGGGUUCCAUCCAGUGAUAAUCCAUUCCGGCCUCCCAAAUCCUGUGCGCUUUUCUGAGAUGAAAGGACGAGGUGUUAAAAACACGUCUUACUACUCGCUCUUCAUUCACUUUAUAAGUGAACAAUGCAGCUGGACCAACACUGCUUUUACAUUUCCACCAACCUCUUUAUUGUUUUCGCAAGAAGCUAUAUAGCUAUAUAUUUUAAACUGUCGUUCUUAUGCUUUGUCCUGUAAUUAGACCUUAAACGAGAGGAUUUUAUGUAUUGUUUACUUACAUUAGAAAUAAAGGCUGUAACAAAUAAUUCUCAGGCCCUUGGUUUUAAAACACUAAUCUUUCUUUUGCUUUUUUUGGGGGGUCUGCAUGUCCUUGGAUUGCAUUUACUUUUCACCAAGAUGCAAAAUGAAUGAAUAUUUCCACCAAAGAGGUGGAAAUUUAUUGGGAUGUCAUGUAUACAGUCUGGUAAAACAUAAGCAUGAAACAUAACGAGCUUUUCAGGUCAAAUAAGAAUGCAUAUAUAGUAUUUUGCGUCUUCUUUUUUUUUUCUUUCUGCAACAAUAAUUUCUUGGAUAUCAUUUGACUAAAUGGGUGCGGUUGCUUUUACACUGAUUGUUUCCAAACCGCAACAUAAACUGUAGUGUAGUAUGAGAUAUAGUUGGUAUCUUGACCAAACUUGAGGAACUAGUUGUUUAUACUGAAUCAUGAGCAACGGCAGAUAUAAAGUUAUGAAUACACGUCUUUUGUUUAGAUUAGGUUAUUAGUGUUUGGAAGGCUCAAGGACUCCAUGACUCUUACUGUGCCAAAACCACACAAUAAAUAUGAUUGUGACCACUUUACAUUCUCAUGUGUAAUACAAUGCAUAACAAUAACAAGCAGCUCAAUUUCAAAUAUGAUGACCUACUGAUUGAAAGUUUUCAUAAUGAUGCAUUAUAAAAAGUUACUGCUGUGAGUAUUUUCUAAUCAUAACACAUUUUGUUCAAAUUGUGCAAGCAUAUGUAAAGUAUACAGUGCUGUGAAAAAGUAUUUGAUUCUUUUUGAUUGAUUUUCUUCAGUUUUUGUGUAUUUCAUACUAUAUUGUAUCAGAAAAUAAAACAAAAUCUAAGCUAAAACAAAGGAAACCCGAGUAAACACAAAAUACAGUUUUUAAAUGAUGUUAUUUAUUGAAACAACAGUUAUCCAAUACCAACUCUGGGCCUGUGUGAAAAUGUAUUUUCCCCAUAAUUACUAAUUCCAAAAAUCUAUGAAAGUGCAUUCAUAAUAGGGUUCAGCUGGACUAGACGCAACCAGGCCUGAUUACUGCAAACACUGUUCAAUCAAAUCAGCACUUAAAUAAAACUUUUUCUUCAGCAUGAAGUUGGUUAAAAGCUCUUACCCAGUAACACACUAUGACAAAAUUGAAAAAGAUUCCAGAAAUGAUGAGGAAGAAGGUGAUUUGAAAUACAUUAGUCUGGGAAGGGUUAUAAAGCUAUUUCAAAGGCUCUGGGACUCCAAAGAACCACAGUGAGAGUCAUUAUCUCCAAAUGGAAAAAACUUGGCACAGUAGUGAACCUUCCCAGAAGUGGCUAACCUUCCAAAAUUCCUCCAAGAGUACAUCAAGGACUCAUCCAGCAAGUCACAAAAGAGCCAAGGACACCAUCAAAGCACCUACAGCCCUCUCUUGCAUCAAUAAGGUCACUGUUCAUGACUCCACUAUCAGAAAGACACUGAGUAAAAUGGUGUCCAUGGAAGAGUGGUGAGGUGAAAACUACUGCUAACCCAGAAUUACAUUAAGGCUCGUCUGAAUUUUGCCAAAACACAACUUGAUGAUCCUCAAACCUUUUGGGAGAAUGUUCUGUGGACUGAGGAGUCGAAAGUGGAACUGGUUGGAAAACAGGGGUCCCGUUACAUCUUGCAUAAACCAAACACUGAAUUCAACAAAAAGAACAUCAUACCUACGUUCAAGCAUGGUGGUGGGAGUGUGAUGGUGUGGGGAUGCUUUGCUGCUUCAGGGUCUGGGCAACUUGCAAUAAUUGAGGGAAACAUGAAUGCUGCCCUCUACCAGAAAACCCUAAAGGAGAAUGUUCGGUCUUCAGGUCGUAAAUUGAAACUCAUAUGCAACUCGAUAAUGGAUCAAAACAAUGAUCCAAAACAUAGGAGUAAGUUCUAGUCCUAGAAGUAAGUGGAAGUCUGAUCUCCAGUUAUCGGAAGCGUUUGGUUUCAGUUAUUGCUGCUAAAAGUGGCACAACCAGAUUUUAAUUUUAAGGGGGUAAUUAGUUUUUCACAUGGGUGUUUCAAUAAAAAUAAAUAAAUGAUUAAAAAUAAAAACUGUAUUGUGUUAUGUUGUAUUUCAUUUGAAGAUCUAAAACUAUUUAGUAUGAGAUAUACACAAAAACAGAAGAAAUCAGGAUGAGGACAAAUACUUUUUCACAGCACUAUAAAAUUAUGUGAAGAAUGAAAACAAGCAAUUCUAUGUUAGUAUUUUUUUUUUUUCCAGAAUACAUUUUACAUAAGGAAUGAAUAUUUUACCAACAUCUUUUAAAAUGAAUUCUGUCAGCCCAUCGGUGCCUUAAAAAAUAUACUUGGUUUCUAUGUACUGUUAAUGGAAAUGUCCAAUAAAGUUAUUUCAUAAUGACAUGUUAAUGUAUAUUUAAUUAUACUGUCUUUGACAUUCAGCAAGGAAUUAAACAUAAGGUGGUGUGCUGUUAUAGGAAAAUAAUCAGCGACAGCAUGGUGUGAUUUUUUUUUUGGACAUUAUAAUACUGAAGUUGAUUAUUUUCCAAUAACGCCACAUCCCAAAGUGUUUUAAACAGUUCCCUCACCAGCAUCUCUUAUUUUCUCUCUCUCUUAAAGUUAAUAAGACAAAAAAAAAACCCCUGCAACAUGUCAUGUUACCAAGAAGUUGCAUUGCACAAAGUCAUCUGUUCUAUGUUCUGGCUACGGCCAUAUUCCGAAUACAAUGUUUAUAUGUGCACAGGGAUUGGAAUAUUCCUGUAUACAUGGUUGUAAAUAUCCCUGAGUUGCCAUUCCUAAAGACAGUGGUGCUUGAAAGUUUGUGAUAUAUAGAUAUAUAGAAUUUUCUAAAUAAAUGCUUACAGUAGAGAGAACCCAAUUAAACAAAUGAGAUAAAAAUUU